GGUCUGUCCUGGCUGGUAAUUGUUGCUGUGAUGAUCAUCUUAAAGAUUGUUUCCAAGGGCAGAAAAAAAUUUAGCGCAGAUUUCCAGUUGAUGUUCAGACUUCUUAAGUUGUUUCUGUUUAUAGGAUUUAUGGUCAUUCUUGUUAUUCUGUUUACCACCCUUCAUCUCACAGUUGGAGACAUUUUUCAGAGCUUACUAGCCUUUCUGCCUACCGGAUGGGCGCUUCUGCAGAUAUCACAAGCAUCAAGACCAUUGUUAAAGGGUAUCAAAAUGUGGGGGUCUGUGAAGGCUCUUGCUAGAGGAUAUGAAUACAUGAUGGGAUUGGUCAUCUUUACACCAGUAGCUGUACUGGCCUGGUUCCCAUUUGUAUCGGAGUUCCAGACCAGGCUUCUGUUCAACCAAGCAUUCAGUCGAGGGCUUCAGAUCCAACGUAUUCUGGCUGGUGGGAAGAAGAACAAAUAGGUGCUGCCUCUACUUGAUCUUGAUUAUAAUUUUGGUGGCCCAUGGCCAUGUCCCCUGUUCAUAUGUACCAUAGAGAUGGCCGCAACAUGAAAGUGUCUGCUGUGUUUUAUC